AUGCCUCAUCUUCCCUUAAAGGAAGGAGUGUCUGGUAUCUGUCUGACGGAAGGCGCGUCCUGUUCACUCCUGUCAUUGGUGGAGAAGCUCCAGCUUGCGGCCAUCGCCUCGCUUGGAAAGGCGUGCGGCAACAUUGGUCAGCCAUGGAAGGCGCAUCGGCCAUCAGCCUCCAAGGGUUUUCCGUUGUACAGACUUAGUGGGAACCACUUGUUCCGAACGACAGCCGAUCUGCCUCACUUAUUUCUCAUCCCGGGAAGAUUCGCAUCCUCGUUCAGAGCCCACAUUGCGCAGAUCGUCAUCAUCAGGAAGAUUGGCCAAUUGCCAACGGGGGUCUGCAGUAUCCCCGAUUUCCUUGCCUCGCCUUGUCCAUCACAAGACUUUCUUCGCAAUUAUGACCAAGUUUUUAACGGGAUAAAGGUCGGUAUUCAACUCGUGAUGUUCUGGCAAUUCCAUUCAAUCUUCUGA